AACCCAUAAGAAAUCAAAGCAAGAAACACAAAAAUCUCUCUCUCUCUCUCCCUCUCUCUCUCUCUCUCUCUCUUAAGAUGGGUAAGGACCAAACAGUAAGCAAGAAGGUCUGGAACAUAAUACGUUUUGUCCUCUUCAUGUUACACAAAGGAGUGUCAAAGCACAAGCUGGUCGUCGACCUAAACGUGAUGCUCAAACGCGGCAAGAACCUCAUGUUCCACAGCCGCCGCCGCGCCGCGAACGCUAACGCGGCUUCUGCGUUCCGGCCGAUGCAGCCGCACGAGUACGAGUUCAGCUGCAGCAACACGCCAAACUUCACAUUCCCUUUCCACAUCGCUUCCAAGUCCAAGAGAUCAAGCCUCUUCGCGUGUGCUCACGCGCCCGAAACGCUCGAAGACGGGGCCGCCGCCGCGAGAGCGGUGUUCGAGCUGCUCAACGGCGGUAACAACGGUAACGUAAACGCCAACGCGGCGGUAGAGGCGUUGACGGCGUUGUCACCGUACUUGCCGGGAUUCGGACGGACUCCGUUAGUGAGGCCGUUAAGGGUGACGGACUCGCCGUUUCCGUUACGGGAAGAGGCUGACAUGGAAAACGGACACGUGGACAAAGCAGCUGAGGAGUUCAUACAGAAGUUCUACAAGAACUUGAAGCUACAGAAGAAGAUGAUCGAGUUCAACUAAGUCCUCGAUGUUUUUUAACUCUUAGUGUUCCAUCCUCAAAAAAAAAAAAAGGAAAAAAAAGUGGCGUUUUCUAUAUGUUUUCCCCUAAAUAUUCUACUUUUUUUUUUUCUCAUUAAAUUCUCAAGGUGUAAUGAUAUUUUUUGGGUGUUAUAUUUUAUCAUUUCUUGAUAGAGUUGGAUUAUCAUGAAUAAAAAAUAACAAUCAGAAGGUGUAAUA